AUGGCGCUCGAGUUCCUGCAGGACUAUCGUCCGACGAUUGAUCGGCCGUUUGGCAUUCAGCUAUGGCCUAUCUUCGACAAGGCGUUCGAGUAUGUCAUGGGCUAUCCCGCGAGCCAGUUCGAAUUUGUCCGCGGCGAGACUCCCUUCUCGACCAUCGAGUCGACCGGUGUCAUGCUCGUUGCCUACUAUAUAAUUAUCUUCGGAGGUCGCGAAAUCAUGAAGAGCCGCCCGGCGCUUAAGCUCAACACACUGUUCAUGAUCCACAACCUCUACUUGACUCUGAUCAGCGGGACUUUGUUGGCUUUGUUCAUUGAACAGCUGCUGCCUACGAUCUGGAGAAACGGUGUCUUCUACGCUAUCUGUGAUUACAAUGGUGGUUGGACUCAGCCCCUCAUUAUCAUUUACUAUCUCAACUACCUGACCAAGUAUCUCGAAUUGAUCGACACCGUCUUCCUGUUCCUCAAGAAGAAGCCUCUGACCUUCCUCCACACCUACCACCACGGAGCUACCGCUCUUCUGUGCUACACUCAGCUUAUUGGUUUGACUGCGGUGCAAUGGGUCCCCAUCACCAUCAACCUUCUCGUUCACGUUGUGAUGUACUGGUACUACUUCCAGAGUGCUCGUGGCGUCCGCAUUUGGUGGAAGGAAUGGAUCACCCGUCUGCAGAUCCUGCAGUUCGUCAUUGACCUUGGCUUCAUCUACUUCGCUUCCUACACCUACUUCACGAGCACCUACUUCCCCUGGAUGCCCAACGCCGGCCAGUGCGCUGGUGAGGAAUUCGCUGCUUUCGCCGGAAUGAUCAUCAUCACUUCCUACCUCGUCCUGUUCAUCUCGUUCUACAUUGCCACUUACAACAAGACCUCUAAGGCUGGUCGCCCUCGCCGCAACACUGGCCGCCAGUCUCUGAUUGAGAUGAGGAACGCUGAGAUCCCCGCUGUCGGUAGCGCUGUUGGUGAGAAGAACGCGACGACCACCGGCCGGUCGAACGGUCCCGUCACCCGCUCUCGCAAGGCAUAA